AUGCUGAUGCGACUCCUGCCAUCCUGCGGGAUCGUAACUCGACUGAGCAAGUUUACGUUUUCAACCGCAUAUGCUGGGGCUCACCGACCCAGUGGAGCACUCCGUGAAAGACCGGAAAAAAUGCGUUUCGGGAUUCUUCGGUCUUUGGCCAUGGGACUACCUUUUAUUUGUCUCGGAGCCUACAUCAGUAGAGAAGGUGCUGCCUUAUUGGAGGAGAUGGAUAUAUUUGUCCCGUCGGAUGACGAUGAUGAC